AUGGCUCAAGACGACCAUGGGCAGAGUCACGGCGACUCUCCCAAUAAUCCUCCAGCUUCUUCUAUUCAGACAUCGAACUCUCCUUCUUUAGCUCCCAUUGUCGCAUCUGUCACCGCUCCCAUAACUCACGCCGCGAGCACCAGAUCCGUCAACACAGCUUCAGCUCCUUCCGACACGACUCUCCCGCCCAUCACCACGAUUGCCUCGGUGCCGUUCACAGCUGCGGAUCGCCCGACUGCCUCGACGACUGCUACUGUUCCCACCUCCGCACCCGUUCCCGCAGAGCCCGAACUCCCCGCCGUCUCUGCUUCUGCGCCGACUUCUAAGCCAGCUUCAGCUCCUGCUGCCUCUACCGCUCUGCCCGCGGUCGCUCAACAGAACGGCGACAGCAGGGCUUCCGAGGCUGCCUCAACAACACCUGCGUCUAAUUCGGAAAUGUCUAACCAACAUCCGGGAAUGCCUCAUGGGCAGCAUGUUAGCUACCAGGGGUCUUCGACUCAUUAUGCGCCAUCGGUCGGUGUAACAACUGCUCAAUAUGGCUCUUAUCCUGCGGUGACGAGUCAACCAGCCGAGGCGUACCGACCCAAUCCCAUGCCUAUCGGUAGCAACAUGUCCCUGCCUAGUAUGAGGACAAUCGAGAACCCACAUGGACCUUCUGUGUCGAGUCCACAGGGCAUGCCGAUGAGCAUGCCCAUGGCCCAAGUGCCAGGCGGUGUACCAUACUAUCAGCAUCAGGGUAUGCCCAUGGCUCCAGGCUACGGGCUUUCUGAUCCUAUGGCUCGUUACGCUAUCCCACAUGAUCCGCGGCUUAUGGGCCACAGGGGACCAAAGAAGAAAACGCCGAAUCAAGAUUUCUCGUUUGGCAGAAGCUACAAGCGAAGCGAGCAAGACUCAGGUUCACGUAGUGCUGCGCAGCUCCUGAUUUCCCUGUGCGACGAGACACACCCGACUUGCAAUAACUGCAAGAAGUCAAAGCGCGAGUGUUUGGGUUACGACCCUAUCUUUCGGCAGCAAGCGGGCGGUCAGCCUUCUAACAUCCAACCGGCGCCAAGCCAGAGGACUCCUCCUACAAUCCCAAGCUCCGUGCCUUCGAGUGUUCCUUCUUCUAUAGCGCCCAACCCUGUCCUCACCGCUCGACCUACAAACUCAUACGGAAGCCAGCCGUCGAUGCUUCCCAGCUCGUACGCUACAGCUCACGCAACAACUGCAAGCCCCAACCCAUCUCUCAACUCGCUUAGCUACGAUUCCAGCUUCUCCAACGUAGCCUCUCCUCCCGUCAAGUCUGAGCCAACAUACGAGUACUCGGCCGCCGCAAUCGACCCAGCCCUUCACAAUCCCGAAAGCUCCAGAGCGGUUGAGCAAAGGCCUCUUGCUGACAACCAAAACUUAAGAGCCAACAAAAUGAGUAUCGAUGAGAUUAUCAAACUCUUGGGCCAUGUUCCGCCGCCCCAAGCUGGCCAUCAUACUGAAGAAAUGCUCAAGGAAAUCAACAAGGUCUACCACGAGAUGUACGCACCUGGGCUUGGUUCUUUCUUCGAAUCGACGUGGUACUUUUUUACGGAGAAUGGAAAGAUGUCACUUCCUCGCAACCCUCGCUUGGUGGACCUACUAGGACACUUUCUCAAAACCCUGGAGGCUGUCCGGGUCAAUGAUCAUUCGCAAAUGGCUUAUUCGGGUAUUCUUGAGACGCGCCUAGUAUGGGAGCUUGCACAAUCAGUCUACGACAUCCCCACCAACACUCCUGUUGUCCCUCAUGCGGGUCUGCCAGCUGAAAGCGAUGCCAAUGAGGCCAAAAACCGCGUUCGAGUUGUUGAUGCCCUGCUGUGUGGAGAAUACAUGGACCACAAUCCUCUUUGUCCACCUCAGCGUGAUCCUGGCAAUCCUCGCGCACGACAAUUCGAUUUCUGGUAUAGCCUGGCUGAGUUUGUACGAAAGCGCGACGAUCCUACUGGUCAGCCUGCGGUCAGGAUGAGGGAGGAGAUGCUUGCGAGAAUGCGCUACCUGCUCGAUGGUCGCGAGAACCGCGAUGUCCUCUACUCCAUUGCUGUUGUUCGGGAACUUUCACCCCACUUCGAUUCUACGUAUAGCAACAACGCUUCCCAGCACGUUGACGAGACUGACCCCAAGAAUAAGCUUGCGGUUGCAUCCAAGUUUAUCUACGACGAGUCACAAGUGUCAGGAGGUACAACAAACGUGGUUCGCCGGUUCUGCGACAUCGCACAUAGAGCAUUCGUCAAUCCAGGUGUCAAUAUCGCUCGGAGAAGCUAA